AUGUCAGCUGUGGAGCUGGGGAGGCAGAGGAGCUGUGCAGCUGUCCUUGGGUCACUCCUCACUGCUGCUCUCCUUGCCACUGUCCACAGUCGCUGCGCCGCCCCGCCGCGCUCGCCGUCAGCAGAGCCCAAGGAGAGGCUGGAGGGCACCGAGCUCUUCCCCUAUGGCUACACGAUGGAGUUUGUCUGCAGGCCAGGCUAUGGCAGAAAUGCUCGCACUCCAAACGUCCUCACCUGCGGGGUGGACGGGGUGUGGCAUGGAUCGAGUGAAAUCUGCACACCCAAGGUGUGCAGCUACCCCGGGGAGCCGGCCAAUGGCAGACUGGUCCUGCCUGGAGCGUUCACUUUUGGUUCCAAAGUGAACUUCACCUGCAACACUGGGUACAGACUGAUUGGACACUCUGAGAUUGAAUGUGUGCUCAGAAAUGAGGUUCUUACAUGGAACAGAGAUAUUCCCACCUGUCAGGCGAUUCCCUGUGCACCCCCUCCAGAAAUAGAGAAUGGGCAGCACAGUGGGAUGGACAAGGAGCAUUUUGAGUAUGGGGACUCUGUCACCUACCAGUGCCACAGGACCAGGAGGGGACAGAGACCUUUCUCCCUGCUGGGAGAGGCCUCCAUUUUCUGCACCAGCAGGGACAACCUGAACGGUGUGUGGAGCAGCCCAGCUCCAGAAUGCAAAGUGGUGACCUGCAAGCAGCCAAGAGUGGAGAAUGGGAAGCUGCUGAGCAGGUACCAGCCUGACUACAGCUUUGGGGACACGGUGGUGUUCGACUGUGACCUCCUCUACAGCCUCAGCGGCAGCCCGGCCUCCACCUGCAGGGACAGCGGCCUCUGGGAGCCCCCCCUGCCCCUGUGCCAGCGCAGCAGCUGUGAUGACCCCCCAGAUGUGAGGAAUGCCAUGAAAACCAGGCUGGCUGGCAAUCUAUUCCCCGUGGGCACUGUGGUCACCUACGAGUGCCAGCAGGGCCACCAGUUCAGAGCAGGGAAAACCACCUGGAACAUCAGCUGCCUGCAGGACUUUGUGUGGAGCGAAGCCCCAGCUCCAUGUGAAAGAAUUCCUUGCCCAGAUCCACACAUCCCAAAUGGCAGGCCCUUGCACCUGUGGCAAGUGAAGGAGGUUUAUGAGAGCGGGGACAGGCUGGAGGUGGCGUGCAAUGAAGGAUUUGCUUUCAAAGGCCGUGGCAGCAGCGUCACCCUCCGCUGUGGCAAUGAUGGUGGAUGGGAUCCAACAGUGCCAGAGUGCAUUCCAGAACCACAUUGCCCAAAGCCAGACAUCCCUCAUGGAAAGGAGGUUUAUAAAAGCAGCAGUGACUACACAGUGGGGGCCCAGGUGAGGCUGGCCUGUGAAGAGGGCUUUGCCCUCAGGGGCUCCGAGUCCAUCACCUGUGGCGUUGAUCUGAGCUGGAAGCCCGAGGUGCCCUUCUGUGACAAAGUCUGUGGGCCCCCUCCACAAAUCCCCUUUGGGCAGCACUCUGGCAGAGAUGGCAAGGAGUUCUCCUAUGGCACCAAGGUGACCUACAGCUGUGCGGAGGGGCUGUCCCUGGUGGGGGACGAGUCCCUCUACUGCACCUCAGACGAUGGCAGGAGCCUGAGCUGGAGUGGGCCUGCCCCGGAGUGCAGGGUGGUUCGGUGCCCCAAGCCCGUGGUGGAGAGGGGAAGGAUGACCCCACAGAUGUUCACCUUUCCCUACGGGCUGCUCCUGCGCUUCUCCUGUGAGGAAGGCUUCGGGCUGCGUGGUGCUGCCCAGAGCCAGUGCCAGGCUGAUGGCACCUGGGACCCGCCCGUGCCCACCUGCCAGCCAGUUCGGUGCCCCAGCCUCCCGAGGAAGGAGGACGUGGUGGUUCACUUCAACAAGCUGUGGUAUGAGGUGAAUGAAACUGUGCCCUUCUACUGCAAACGUGAUGGGCACGCCAGGGCACCUUCCAGAACCACCUGCUCAGCUGAUGGCACCUGGACACCACCACCCAUGUGUGCUCUCAGGGGAGAGGAUCUCUCCUUCCCAGCCUACACCAUGCCCGGGCUCCUGGGGCCAGGGCAGCUCCUGGCAGUGCUGCUUCUGGGGCUGCAGCCCACGGGGACUCAGGAGGCUCGGUGUCCCAUCCCUUCCAUUGCACACGGGCAGCUGAGCUCUGCAGACAACUUCACCUAUGGCAGCACGGCCACGCUGCAGUGCGACCCCGGCUUCGUGGGCACUGCCACCACGGCCCGCUGCACGCCCAGCGGCCGCUGGUACCCACGGGUGCCCUCCUGCGUCCCAGGGCAGUGUCGCCACCCUCCCCCUGUGGAGUUCGCCGAUUUCCAGCCCCGGCGGGAGUUCCCGGUCGGGGCCACGCUGUCCUACUCGUGCAGAGCCGGCUUCUCCCCGAUCCCCGGAGUGUCCCCGACCAUCACUUGUCUCCAGAACUUCACGUGGUCCGCGGUGCCCAGGCUGUGCCGCAAGGUGCAGUGUCCCAGCCCGGCCAUCGCCCACGGGACAGAGAGCAGCCCCAGGAGAGCCGAGUACAGCUUUGGGGUGCAGGUGGAGUUCCAGUGUGACCACGGCUUCAUGCUCCGCGGCAGCGACAGGGUCCAGUGCUCCUCUGACGGGAUGUGGAGACCCCCCGUGCCCCACUGUGACAGGGUCUGUGGUCCCCCUCCCACCAUCAGCAACGGGCAGCACUCUGGCAUGGGCUUCAGGCAGUUCACCUACGGCUCUGAAGUGAAGUACAGCUGUGCAGAGGGGCUGUCCCUCAUCGGGGACAAGUCCCUCUACUGCACCUCCGAGGAUGGGGAGAACCUGACCUGGAGUGGGCCUGCCCCGGAGUGCAGGGUGGUUCGGUGCCCCAAGCCCGUGGUGGAGAGGGGAAGGAUGACCCCACAGAUGUUCACCUUUCCCUACGGGCUGCUCCUGCGCUUCUCCUGUGAGGAAGGCUUCGGGCUGCGUGGUGCUGCCCAGAGCCAGUGCCAGGCUGAUGGCACCUGGGACCCGCCCGUGCCCACCUGCCAGCCAGUCCUGUGUCCACAGCCACGAGUGCCCUUUGGAAGGCUGAAGAGCCCUUUGGGUGACAAAAAGUGGUACCAGAUCAACGAGACUGUCACCUUGGAGUGCCUUCCUGGGUACCAGUUUCCAGAUGAUGGAAUGAUGGAAAAUGCUUGGACAGCCACGUGCUUGCCUGAUGGCAGCUGGACACCACUGCCCAAGUGUAUGAAAGAAGGUGAUGCUGAUGUGUGUCAAGAGGUUCAUUACAUUAAAUCGACCUUUGAUUGCGGCAUGCCUGUAGAAAAAGUGAAAAGUCUGCUGGAAAUACAGAAACUGUUCCUGGAGAUUAAAAAACUACAGAUGGAACUAGAAAACUGAAAUGAAACUGGAUCCCUGUAACACUCACCUUUCCUUUGGUGAGCUCACAGUUUGUGCAGUCACAGCAUCUCUAAAAAGGCUCUGGCUGAUUUUAUGGUUUAUGCUUGCAUGCCUGGAGCCAGAAAAAUAAUCACCAGUACAUGGGAGGCUGCUUUUGCUGUGCUGGAUGCCAGAGCAGGGAGUGGGUUUUGCUCUAACCUACAAGCUUGAUUUGCUCUUUUACUAAUAAGUUGUUUCAAGUUUCAUAUUAGGAAGAAUAGAAAGAAAUUAAAUUUAGCUUUUAAAAAUAACUGUCUUAACUGUGGUAAGCUGAAGCAAAAAGGA